GGCAGCGAUACCCACGGUUCCUGAAGGACAUGAUAGAACAUCAUGGAACAUGACAGAACAUCAUGGGAUAUGACGGAACAGCCUGGGAUAUGAUGAAACAACAUGUUACCUCCAGUCCCUGUGUCAGGAACCCUUAAGGCUAGAGAGUGGGAUGGCAGCAAGACCUCAGAGUGUGCCCGGACAGGCCGGGGUAAAGAAGGAGGAGGAAGGCCCCGCGGUUGCGCCUUCUCUCCCAUCCCUGGGUCAGGAACCCUCAAAUCCAGACAGCAGGAUGGCAGAGGGACAGUCCAAUGUGACUGGACCAGCCAGUCCAGUGAACGAAGAGGAGGAAGGUCCUGGGUCUGCCCCAGAAUGGCCACCUCAAAAGAUGGAGGAGUUCCAGCCGCUGCGGGCAGAUCCGGUUGCAGUCCUGACAGAAGAGCAGGAGCUCAUCCGUAAGCGUUUCAGCAGUAGAAUACAGACCUUUUGGAAAUUUGUCAAGACCACUGAACGUGAAGAGAUGGCCAUCACAGCCAUCGAGGGCAUGGCAAACUCUGACUCCUAUAACCCAGAGGCUUGUGCUGCCAUGCUGAAUUCGCUUGUGCAGAGUGACAUUCCCAAUUUGAAGCGCGUGCCAACGAUUGUGGCAUAUAUCUACCGGUGGCUCAAGACCAACACAGAUCUGUCUGCUGAGCACAGGCUUGACAAGAGCCUUCUGAAGCUGGCACAAGCACACCCCAAUGAUGUGGUAGUGACCCUCUUGUGCUGUGCCCCUUCAUGUGACAGAGCUGCUGUGUCCAUGUGGAAGGUGAUGGUGUCCUCGAGCAGGACUGCAGAGGUGGUGCUGUCGGAGCUGCCCUGUGUGCUGGAGGACUGGCCGCUGCACAGCACAUGCACCUCCGAGGGGGAGAGCAAGGAAGUCUUUGCCCUGGCUGCAACCAGGGCACUGUGGGAAAUCAUCCGGGUGCCCCUGUCCCCACAGGCAUCAUUUGUGGUCCCCUGCCUCUUUGUGGCUCUGCUCGUCCAAGUCUUCUGCAGCACAGAGCAGAUGCCAAGUAAGAUCAAUUUCUUCUGGAGGAGAUGCCGGCAGAGGCACCACCAUCCUGCCAACCCCAACAGGUUUGCAGUGCUGACGGUGAAAGCACUGUUGUGUCGCCUGCAGCUUGAGGAUGUGGUGCUGGCAGUUGAACGUAAGAAAGGCUGGGACACCCUGCUCAGCACUGACACCCACCGCUAUGCAGUGGGUCUGUUGGCCAGAGAGAUGCAUCGUGUCUCCAGGCCCAUGCGUGAAGGGAUUGCACGCUACCUGCUCACGCUGUUCACCAGGGAGGAGUCGCACUGGAGGGUCCCUGCCAUGGCAUUCCUUGUUGAGAUCCUGAACUGCCUUGAAACAGAGAAAUUGGUUGACACCAUCCUGCAGCUCAUGACAAGUCACCUGCAGAGUGACUGCAAAGAAAUGCGUCACCUGGUGCUCAGAGGGCUCCUCAUGCUCUGCAAGAAUCCCUUGAAGGCCAAAAGGUUGCAGGGCCUUACUAAAAGCCUCAUGGAACUACUGAAGGAUGUAGAUGGGGAGCUGGUUGAGUUGACCCUCCCUGUGCUCAGCAAGGUGCUCCUGGACAGAGAUGUUCCGAUUGCCACCCCCAUCGCUCUGCAGCUGGGUGAGGCACUGCUGCCACUAUUUGACAAUGAUGCCAGCCGAGUUCGACUGCUCUCCAUUCACCUCUUUGGAGACAUGAUAGUCUAUGUAGAAAAAGAGGGGAAAAGGCACCUGAAGACGUGUGUGCACCAAAGUCUGCUCCCACUCUUCUACCACCUGCAUGAUGAGAACCAGUGUGUGGCAGAGGCCUCUCUGGAAACCCUGCUACGAGCAACCAAGUUUCUGAAGAAGAGGAGGUUCAUGCAACUGCUGGAGAGGGAGCAGCCAUGGAGAUUCAGCGAGUGUCUACUGUCAGAGAGCAGGAGGACAACAGACGAGUACCGACGCCAGUCCCUGACAUACUUGGAGAGCUCACAGGAGUCCAUGAGAGAGACAGCUAUCAGGUUCAUCGGGCUUGCUGGACAACAUAUAAGGGGACAGCAGGAAGAGUUCCAGAACAUCUGUGAUGCCCUUGUAGGGAUGACAAAUGACAUCAGCCCCUCCAUCUCAACCCUGGCCGAUCAAACACUGCACAUCCUAAGAACUGCACCAAGACAUCGGUUGCCCUUCAGAUUCCAGUUGCUACAAGAUAAGCUCCGCAGGAUAUGGAGGAGAUAGCCUUCUGUCUGGAUCAUCAGCUUCCUGUGCUUCCCAAGCUCUGAUCAGAGCUGAUCCUGGGAGCUUCAUCUGCUGGGGCCAUCUAAGCCUUCUGGGAAGGCCAAGAGGCUCCUGGCGUCUCCUGAACCACAGGACAGCUUUCUUCCACCCUGGCACAGGAAUAUAAGAAACAUGUUAUCAUAUA